UACAAUAUUCGUUUUUUAACGUCUUUUUCCGUCUUCUACCCUUUUCUAUAAUCAGUGUAUAUCCUUCGUAAUCCUUAUUAAGAGAACGCGUGCAAUAUCCUAGUAUAUGCACCAGUGAAGAUUUACGUGUUUUUUUUUUUUUGUACAACAAUCGUGCGGUUUAAGAAGGGAAACGCGACUGUUUCCCCUGUGUGUAUUUCCUCGUGACAGAAGGCUGACGCAGCAGCGGCGGUGGCGGUGGCGUGCUGUGUUCUCUUGCUUCUUAUGCUUGUGUCUCUCGUGUUGUAAAAAUCUGCCCCUACGCUCGCUCUCACCUCUCGGAGACCCCCCUCCGAGGAAAGGAUUCGAUUCCACGGCGAAGAAACAUGGGGAGAGGGACGUUGCUGUAUUUGAUUGACGGUUUGCAAUGAAUUUCCCGCCGUUCGGAAGCCAUUUUCCCGGUACUAUUCCUAGUAUUCAUCAGUUCGCAACCGACGGCUCCGGCGGUGCGGGCGGACGUUACGCCAAUCAUUUUCCCAACCAGCCUCCGAUUGGAGUGCCGGUUAUGGGAAAGUACCGUCCUGAAAGCAACGGCGUGCAAUCUGCUCAGUCACAAGUGAUGAUGAACAAUAAAGCAAGUUAUCCUAACAGCAAUGUUCAUCAUUACCCAAACGUACCAUAUUCCCAAGCUCAACCAGUUCAACAGCGGCCCUCUAAUUCGCCUGGAAUGCCAGAAAAGCGUUCUUAUCAUCAGCAAGCGACCGAAACUAUAAAUCAACAAGAUGUUUGCAAUCUCCUACAGGAUAAAGAUAAAAAUAAAGAAAAGAAGGGAGACGAGCAACAGCGCAAUGGAGAAACUACGACAAAUGGUAGCCAACAAGAUUAUACGAUGCAUCAGCAUCAUCAGCAGCACGCUCAUACUCAAACUCCUGCAACUAUGCCUGCUACGUGGCAGUCUUUGGCUACUCCUGGAUCCACAGUGGCAGAUUACCUCAGUCAUUUACCAGCUAGUACUUUACCGUUAAGUUUACAUCAUUUCUUAAAAUAUUCUGCAGAAAGUAUUAAGAAAGAAUCAGAAAUGGCACAAACCACUUCUGUAGCUGUAGCAACUACAACAACGCCUAACAUAAUGAUGUCCCCGAAUAAUAAAAAGAAGAAAAAGAAGAAGGCUCCCAAGGAGAAAAAGCCACGUCCAAAACCUGGAGAAAUUCGCUUAACGACGGCUCUAGAUGGCUCUACAUUGUAUUGCUGUCCAGAAUGUCAUAUGGCAUACCCAGAACGUGAAUUGUUGGAACAACAUCUUCUGGGACAUACUUUAGAACGAAGAUUCGUGUGCGAUAUUUGUGGGGCAGGCCUCAAAAGAAAGGAUCAUCUUACACGUCACAAACAGAGUCACAACCCCGAACGUCCAUACGUUUGUACCGUUUGUUUAAAAGCUUUCAAAAGGAAAGAGCAAUUGACAUUACACUUUGUUAUACAUUCUGGCGAGAAACGACACGUAUGCACAGAGUGUGGAAAAGGAUUUUAUCGUAAAGAUCAUUUAAGAAAGCAUACCAGAAGCCACAUUGCAAGAAGGGUAAAAGCUGAGCUCAGUCAAAAUGCUGGUACACAGCAAAAUCAACAACAAAAUAAUGUUUCAAACAUGCAGACAACAGCUGUUACAGCAUCGUCUGUUCUUUCUGGUGGACAUCCGGGACCUCUCCUGUCCUGAGCCCCGCCACCAGGGAACUUCCAAGUUCCCCAUCCCAAUAAUAUUCUUCACUCGCAUACUUCUCAUCAUUCGUUGCAUCAUCAUCAUUUGACGGCCGUUAACGUGGCGCACCAAUCGAGUGUCACGCCACUUGCUACAUCCAGCCACUAUCAAACGCACGACCUCAGUUUUUUGGGACACGUUAAAGAUUUCUGAGAGCAGGGGAAGACCUCGAUCAAGAGGUAACAAAACUGACAAAUUAUACGAGUACUCUUAGCCAGUGAGAGUUAAUUCGACCGCUUUUCUUCGUUUCGACUUUAGUAAGUUUUCUACGAUAACAAACAAUUAUCCGUGAUUCUGCUGACUCUCUAUGUCCUAGUACAAUAACGCAAAAGCUGUGACAGUUGCAUAAGUUUUUCAACGGUAUGCACAGUUUUUAUCGCCUGUGUGUCGGGUAUUGUUUUUGAGAUAUGUACGCAUAGAUCUUAUCUUGAAAAAGUGUGCCAUAUGUGUAUGUACAUGAUCAAAAAAAAAAAAAA